UCAUCACUUGCCAGUGGCGAAUCAACAGGAGAUUGCGCGGAAUUUCGGCAAUUCAUGUUGGUUUCUUAACUAUUCACGCUUGUUUAUAACAUUUUAAGAGCUUUGAAUUACCUUUAUUCUUAAGCAAAAAAUUUACCAAAUGAACUCCACACAAAGCCCUGUUUAUCAUACCUCCGUUGAGCAAAAGCGGCAUGCUCAAGAUGUCGCCAAAAGACAGCGAAUGGGAAUGCAAAUGCCUAAACUCCGCGAAAUGCUGCGAGAGAAGUACCGCAAGCGCAUUAUAGAAACCAGGAAUAGGUGCACGGACGCCAAUCGCGAAAUACAACUGUCGGAACUUAAGGAUAUCCUUCGCCUGGAACUCAAUGAAAUGGAAGCAGAUCUGGAGCUGGAGCAACUCAUCCUGGACGAGCUACUGUCGGAUGUGAACGAGUGGUAUGCCCUGGGUGAAAAGAACCUGGAAACCUUGUUUGUCGAACCGGAUGAGGAGCAAAAGAACGUUCUGUGCCCAGUUUGUCAGAUAAAAACUCUGAGCCGCCUAAAAACUGCCUUUGUUUGCGAGUGUGGCAUCCAGUUUGAGCAUGCUGCAAAUGAGAAACAAUUACAGGAACUGCUGCAUCAGCAAAUCACCAGCCACGAGCUCCAAUGCACUCAGGCCCUGCGAUUCUUCAUCGAACCUUCUUCGGGACACCUUUAUAACAUGUGCGGCUGCUGCGACUACUUCUCCUCCGUUUAGAUAAUCUUAAGUCUUUGUUUUCAUCGCUGGCUGCGUCUAGCUUAGUAUACGAUUUUUUUAUUUAAAUAAUUGACUUUAAUAGUUAACUAAUUAAUUCGAUUUGGUUUGGUCUAAUGACCGUCUUCUAUUGCUAUCAUUAUAAUUACCAGUGUUUUACACAGUUAUGUUCUUAUUUGAAAUCAUCAAGAACCAAAAAGCACUAUAUAGUGGAAAAUCUUAAGUCUAUUCUUAUAAAAUUGAUAUACAUAACUAAAGAAUAUUAUUAGGAAAUUACAUUUAAAAAUCUUUAAAUUUAAAAGUUCAUCCAAUAAAUUCAAGACCUCGAAAAUGAAAGCUAAAA